CCUACAUUGGACCCGGGGAUGAUAUCCACAUUGCCACAAGCUGUAGUCGUGGAUCCCUGUCCUGAAUUCAAUGUAUCUGCCUAUCUGAAGACUCUAGAUGAUAUUCAUGAAGAGAAUCUUAUGUCGGACAGCAAUCUGAGGACCGAGUUUCCACAGGAUAGUGAUAAAAACAUAAUCAGAAUAGACAAUGACAACAAAAUAUGUACAAGUAUCCCAAUUAUAGAUUUGACUAACAUGAAAGAAAACUACUCCAGAAAGAACGGAAACUAUUCCAAAUUACGGGAAAAAUUGAUGCCAAAUCGUAACCUGCAGGAAACUCCAACAAGUGAUAAAUUAAGUGCAACAUCGCAGGAUAUGAAAUCGCAUAGAGGAAGUAAAUAUUUACUAGAAGAGUUCCAGCCCUUAGUAGUCCUGGUGGCGGGUUUGCGACCGGUCAAGGACGUGCUGUUUGUGGCCGAGGCAUGGAGUACCUGGCACCAGGCACGUGGUGGGCGGGGCAGGUUCCUUAUCCUCGGACCUGCCAUCGACCCUCAGUAUGCCUCUCAUGUACACGACAGUGCUACCAGAUACUACAGGUCGAUUGACUGCAAGUGUACGACGUUUCGAAAGUGGUGCUGCAAAGAGAAAGACAUUCAAAAGAACGUGCUGAGAGAGAAGGGUAAAAGAAUUUACAAAACAUCGUCGACUGGACUGAAUUCUUCACUGUCCAUCAGCUUCAGAACAUCUAGUCAGUGUUUGCAAGCUCAUCUUCAAGGCAACCAGAACAAGUACCUGCAGAUAUGUGAUGUACCAGCUUCCUUCUUUUAUAUGGCAGCUCUAGCCUAUCGCCAGGGGAAAUGA